AUGACAGACGUUGGAACUGCUGUCGAGGGAAUACUCACGUUACACAUGAAACUCGAAGAGCUGGAACGUCGACUGGCUCAAAAUCCACAUGGGAAAGAACAAUUGGCAACAACGCUCUCCACCACAAGAGACUCGAUUCUACCAAUUAGAUUAGAAUUAAACAAUUUCAUACAUAUGGUAAGUAAUAUUGCCGAUGAGAAGAAUGGCGUGACUAAUCAAGAAAAGUUCCAUAAUGUAAGACUAACGUUAUUAAAACUACAUACCAGUAUUCAGUUAUUAUCACAACGCUUUCAAGAAUUAGCGCCUCUGUUUGAAACAGUGUCAGAAUAUACUACCGAACAUAAAUCAAAGGAAUAUCAACCUUUGGAGACAUUGGCCCCAACACACAUUCUACAGACAUCGGUGACAAAUGAUUUGUCGAAUAAAUCUACUAGUAAUCCUACUGCUACAACUACAAAUAAUACCAACACUACGACCACCACCACAGCAAAGAAAGGUCGUGGAUCUGCAGCUAGUGUGAAAAGUCCUUUGAAUGCCAUUAACACCCCAACAGCUGCUUCUGCUGCUGCUGCUACACCUGCUACUACUUCCACAAAUACUACCACAACAACUGCCAAAAAACCUCGUAAACCAAGACAAAAGAAAUCGGUAUCAAGUGCAAAAAAUACACCUGCACCAACACACGCGACAACAACAACAACAACUAAUACUAACAGUGUCGCAGCUACUCCACUCUCCACUACAACAAUAAAUCCAACAUUAUCAGUACCACCCCAACUUAUGGCUGGGAUGGUUCCUGGUAAUCUUGUAGGAAUGUCACCAACCAAUGCAAUGAUGAACAUGGCGCCACAUAUGCAACCACAGAUGCAAUUUAACAACAACAACAAUAACAACAAUAUCAUCAAUAGACAAACAGGCACAACUCCGGGCCCUCAAAGCCAACAGAGUCCUCACAACAACACCAUCACACCCGCAAAUAUCUUGAGUAUGGGCAGUAACAGCAACAACGCUAAUAAUAACGGCACUAUGAGCAACAAUAUGAACAACAAUAACAGCAGCAACCAGGGUCCAAAUGCCAUGAACGAUUUCGGAAACCUGGACCUCAACAACAUAGACCUUUCCAGCCUUAACAUGGACUUCCUAUAA